AUGAGUGCUGUGACAACCGCCGCAAUGGUAUCCGUUCUGCUGGUACAGCCGCGGGUGGAUGCUGGUCCCUCCAUGACGCGACGAACCGCGUUGAAACCUGGCGAGACUUCCAACCAUGAGAUGGAUGGUUACUUUGAAUCCUCCCUGUACUUUACCAGUAGCCAAAAAGAGGGGGAAUGGCUGGACGAUCUGAUUGUGCAAGUCUACAACGAGUUGUUGGAAGAGCAACAACAACAGCAACAACAAGAUUGUCCUUGGAGUCGGAGGCUUUACUCGGCAUCUCCGGCUUCUCCGCAACAUGAUGAGGAUCCUCAAUGGUUCAUGCCCCGACGAACUUCCGGUACUACUGCUAGUAGUGGAUCACCACCCCAAGUACGACAACGCUAUGUCGUGACGGGCAUUUGCUCGGGUUGUGAUCUUCAUCAAGAGCUGCUGCCGCUCUUUGCGGUCUCCGACGAUGAUCAGGAGCAGCAAGAUGCCGACGCCGACAACCACAACAUUGCCAGCCGGAAAAGUCUGCUACGAACACCAUCAGCAGCAGCAGCAGCCACUAAUGAAUGUCAACUUCCUUCCCGGCACUCCUUUGAACAAGGACUGGCUCUCGCCGUGCAACAACAUCAUCAGCAGCAAUCACCCAAGCAACCCGUUCGACGACUACAAGUCGACAACAACGACAAUCAAGAAGAAGAUCUCGUGGCAGUGAACGAAUACGCGUGCAGCGACCAAAUCCAACAACUCUCCACUCAAGUCCUAUUGCAAGUAGCCACCGAGGCGGUGAACCAGACCAACUGGUCGCAACUCUUUAUGGAAACGUACAAUCAACUCAGUUUCCACUUGUGCGAUUUACCGCAUCAUCGGCGCAUCUUGAGGGCACACGCCACUCAAACGGUCGUGUCGCACGGCAUGGCAUCCAUCCAACUCAACGUGCUGGUCGAAUGCCGGGACUGUCAAGAAGAUACACUGCUCUUUAGUACUAGUGCUAGCAGCAACAAUAAUGCGACGACAACGACAAUAGCCGCACCCACCACACCACCACCACCAGCCUCGGUGACACGCAUAGGCGCCACCACCCUGUGCUUUUGUCCCAAGAACGCCACUGCCUUUCGGGCACCUACUGCCGCGGAACUCCAAGAGUCCUUGCAACAACAACACGAAGAGAUGGUCUACUACGUGGGUCAAGCCCAAUUGGUGGAGUGUAGUGGUGCAACGAGUCCACCACAGACCUUUUCGACCGUCGUCUUUGUCGACUACACUACAUCGUCCGACGCCGGACAACUCGCGGAACGCUUCCACGAUGUCUACAAUCGCAUGGCAUACGAGGCAUGUGACGAAAAGUUUCGACGCAUUGUCAGUGUCGAAGUCGCCGAAAUGGACGAUGACGACGUGGUUACCAAUACGACAAGUCGCACGACCAUGCUCACCGUCGCGGUAUCCUGUCGCAAUUGCAACUCCACUACUACUGCUCAGAGGCUCUUUGAGGGUCUCUACCGACGGCGACGACGACAACUGGGUCGUCUUCUAGAAGGAGGCAUGCCCACGGGACGAUCGUCGUGUGCCUGUCCGGUGGGAACCCAACCCGGAGUCGAACACGUGCCUUCGGCGGCCGACUUUCGCGAUGAAUUCAAUGCAGUGGGCGAGUUGUUCUUGGACAAUGUCGUCGAAGGACAUGCCGUCGAAUGUGCUCCCCAAGUCACGACCUUUUCAUCCGAGGUCGUGGCAGCUGUGGAGAUGAGGAAUGUUACCGAAACCGACAUUGGCAACGUCGAAGAACUCUUUCUCCAAACGUACAAUAACUUGGCAUUCUCCGUGUGCGACCCGUUCUUUCGAAGAAUCACAAACGUCGAGCUCGUUCUUCAAGAGACCGAUUCGUUCUUUGCUCGACACUCGAACGACACAACGCAAUGGGCCAAUGGCACGGCCACCGGCACGGCCCGAUUCACCAUCACGGGCACUUGCCGAGACUGCAACGUCUCGGACAUUGGGUACUUUCACAUCUUUGAUACUGAGGAUAUUGAUGCCGACCAAACAGCCAUUCGUCGUCGACUGAGUGAGCUAUCCUUUGGUGGUGGCGGCGGUCACGACAGGAUACUGCAGGAUUCCAAUGCGGGGUGCAUCUGCCCGACAGCUCUGGAACCGGGGGAGCUUGACGGACCCUCUGUCGAUGCCUUUGGAGCCUUGUUGGAGGCCGAGAUCGACGCAUCAUCAUCGUCAUCGAUCGAGCUGAGUGACUUUCAAGAAGGACACCCGGUUGAUUGUGGAACCAACGUGCGUCUACAGUUCGGAUCCACCCAGCCUUCGGAUUCCACAAUGUCAUCGACACCUGGAUCCUUGUUCAAUGACACGCUUGGAGGACAAAACUACACAUACGAGGCACCAACAAGGGUGGGAUCCGCUCGCUUUACGGUUGUUGGAGAGUGCAGAAACUGUCCAGUUUCUUCCACAGGACAUUUUAACCUCUUUGGCGAUCUGUUUCGAAGAUUGCAAGCAAGUCCAGUGUCGUACACAGGCCGCUUGAAUGUAGAGAGAAGUCUCGAGAUCGGAGGGUCUUGUGUGUGUCCGGUUGGGACUGAACCAGGAGAAGGCGGUGGCCCCACGAUUGCCCAGUUCCAAGACGUUUUCACGCAGGAUCUUGUAGAGAUCUCUGAGGGUGGAUCUCUCCCAUCAGUUGAAUCAACUCCCGAAAACAUCGCGGAAGGUGCACCCGUUGAUUGCAGUGAAGUUGUUCAUGAAUUCCGCUCUGCGGUGGUUGUCGACUUGGGUGUAGAUCCCAGGACUUUGUCUCGACAGGAUCAGGAGGCACUUCAGAGUGGUUUCAGGGAUAGUUACAACUCGUUGUCUUUUGAUGCCUGCGAUGGCUUCUUCCGCAGCGUCAAUGAUGUUUCGCUUGUUGUGGGAACAUCCGGUCGCCGCCUUCAGGGGACCACUGAUUUGCUCGAAAAUGUCACAACAGCACUAAGUGAGGCCAAUGUGUCCCGGGUGGAUUCGGCUGUAUUCUUUGUAACCGGCACAUGCCGAAACUGCAGAGUUUCUCCCACCGGGAGCUUCAACAUCUUCGGUGACAGCUUCUUUCGUCGAGGAUUGGUGACGUCGAAACGAUCCACGCGCUCCCCGCUUGUGCGAAGAAUGCAAUCGGAGGAAAGUGGUGGAGUUUGCAUUUGUCCUCCCGGGAAAGAACCCGGUGCCGAACCGGCUCCUAACGCUGAAGUUUUCGUUGAAGAGUUCAAUGAUCGAAUUGAAGAGGCGCAAGAAGAAGAAGGAAUCACGGCGGAGGUGGCGGUGGCGAACGUUAUUGUGGAGGUUGAUGUCCAAGAAGUGGUGGUGAUUGAUGAUCUUCAAAAGCCGUCAACGCUCGGCCCUACCACCACUCCGCCAUUCCCGUUGGACCCAAACAGUACGACGGUCGUCCCCAAUAGCACAACCAUCGUUCCUUCGACUCUUCCACCGGUGGGACCCAAUGUAACGACGUUGGACCCACUGAUCGUUAAUGGUACUCUCGAACGGACGGAACCGCCAGGAGCCCCCAAUAGGACAACUAAUCUCAUCCUGACGCCGACGCCAGCACCGGCGGGGGGAUCGGAGGCGCCGUCCACCACCCCAACAUCAAACCCGACCGUCGCUCCAACACCAGAACCAACCCCAGAACCAUCCAGCGAGCCAACGCCAAAUCCAACCAGUGAGCCCACGCCAAAUCCAACAAGCGAGCCCACGCCAAAUCCAACCAAUGAGCCAAGUCCUCGACCCACUCCUAGUCCCAGCGUUAACCCAUCAGCGCUGCCAUCUCUGAACCCAACACGCGCCCCAACAGGUGCCCCGAUGACUGGACCAACCGGUGCCGCCCAAUCAAGUCUUCCAAGCACUCUCCCCUCCCUGACACCUUCUGCGCAUCCAUCAUCUGCACCAUCUUGGCAGCCGUCAUCAACUCCUUCGAGUCCAAGUCCAGCAACUGCGUCGCCAGAACCACCAUCUACGAUCCCUUCUGUCAAUCCUACGGCAUCUUGUAGCUUACCCUAUACCAGUGCAUCGGCGACUUACACAGUGUCCUUUAAUGGCAACAUCUUUGCGAUGGAUGAGCCGAUCUUGCUGGGCGUCUUUAGACAGGCUGUUUUCAAUGCCUCUGCUUGUGCCCCACAGUUGCUCCAAGUCACAGUGCGGCGGAGCAUCGGGCGAAGGCGCUUACAAGACAACACAGUGUCAUCGGCUUCCUUCGAUACCCAAUUUGAACAAGCGGAUGGAAGCACUUUGGUAGGAGACAACCAAGAGUUUAUGACCCGCCUCAACAGUGACGCUGCCAUGAGUGAGAAUGGUUUAAUUGCCACGGGAGUACAAGAGGUUGUUAACUCAGCAGUUUGGUGCCAUCAUUUUCAUCCCUCCCCAGCAGCUCGCCCAGCUUUGGUCCAUCUCUGGUUCCAUCAAAGCUUCCCUCUGGCCACCCGUCGUCACAUCCAUCGUUGA